AUGGCUUCCUCUGAUGGCAGGUACGAGACAGUCUUUCGCAAAAUCGUCCACGAUCAAAACGCACAGAGGUGGCGGGAGUUGGAAACCAGCCUGCAACCGACUGUUGUGGUCGAUGGGUGUCCGGCGCCGAAGGGCCGUUUUCGAGGAUAUCUGCUUGGUGACCAUGCAGGCGAUGAGGGCGAGAGGGAGGUGAGGAUCGAUGCGAUCCUUGUCGACGCCAACACCCACAGCAUCGCCGCGCGUCUCAUCAAUCGCGUGACCCUUGGAGACUCCUCGGAGCCUUUCGAAUAUCAGGAAGUCGUCUUCGCCAAGUUCACAGACAAUCUUCUCUCUUCUUGGCAAACAUUGCGAGAUGAGGAUGGUUUCCGGAACCGAGAGCCGUCGGUGGCCUCCACACCAUCCUCGCCACCAUCGCCAUCAUCCUCCGAUGCUAACCAACUACCGCUGUCGAAGACAUUGGCAGAACUUGAUAUCUUCUAUCGGGGCUACAUCAAAACCAUCAACGAGAAGACCAUGGCCCAAGAGUUUGACCGGUUCUGCCGGCAGAAGCUCCAGCACAACGGCCGUGAGCUCACGAUUGCCGAGUACAUACCCCUUAUCAGCGAUAGCCAGGACGCCAUCGAGGGCCUCCAUUUUCGAAUCCAGGAGGUGUUCACCGACGCGAGCACGCAGCAGAUCGGGGCGAGGCUGGAGUUCACAGGGACGCCGGUCAACGAGUGGGGAGGUGCGAAGCCCAACGGCGAGUCUGUCGUUUUCCACGAGCACGUCAUGUAUCAGCUCGAGCACGGGAGGAUAUCGCGCGUAUGGUCAACCAUAGAGCUGGAUGUGUACCGAAGCCAGAUGGGAACCGCGGCUCCGUAG